AAUUCAAUUUAUUUAAUAUUAUUGUGCAUACAUUCAUACAUAUAAAUUUAUAUAUAUUUUUUAAUUUACACAUUGGAGAUGUCAGCAAAAUUGAAAUGUCCAAAAACAACAAACCACCACCCAACAUCGCAAGUGGCAAGCAAGUACCAAAAAACACAAUCCUCAACAAAUUUUGGCGCAUUCACUACGCGAUCCAUUAACUCCAUAUCGAGUAGUGUUAGCUCCUGUAGCAGUCGACGCAGUUACGACAACAACAGUAAAGCAAGCAAAAGUUGUUGUACCAGUACCAGCAACAAGAGGAGCAAUGCGACCAGCGGCGAUAAGCGUUUCAGCACAACCGCCGGUGUCAACGAACGUACAUCACUCUUUCGUUCGUUCAUCACAACCGGGCCACGCGUACGACGAUCACUAGCACAAUCUAAUGAUUUCGCCUAUGACCUUUCCAAGGAUGAGUCGAGAUUUAUGGGCAACUUUAAGGGGCCGAUGAAAACCGUGCCAGCUAAUGAACGUGAGAUGUUAAAGAAUGGUCAACGUGGCGCCUACUUGGCUGUACGUUACGAACAUUCACCUGAUCGAAAAUAUAAUUACCCCGAGGCGACUAGUUGGCGUAUCGGUUGGUUGCAUAACCAAAUGGCGCGACGUGGGGUUUCUAUUUAAGUAUGCAGUAUUUAAAUCGAGCUUGAGUUGGAAGCAAUAUUUCGCAGUCAAUCCUUUGAUGUUGUUUGUGGCUUAUUUUGUUAGCAGGAACAUCAACACAUUAACAACGAGAUAUUGUUUAGCUCAAUAUGCAGGGUUGCCACAAUCCCGGCAGCAUAAUCAGUCUCAUUACUUAAUUGCCACACCUCGUGCGCAUGCGAGUUUGCGGUGUUUGGCUUAUAAAUAAAUACACAGCAAGAUUCGGCUCUAGCCUACUUAUAGUAUAUUUUUCACAAGAAAACCAGGCAAUUAUACUUCGAAUGUAAGACAACUCGAACCUGAGUAGGAGGUCAUCGUCGAUCAUAAGGAAAGAAAAAUAAAUCCACAACCGCGACCUCAACUCUGUUUAUACUAUGUUGGACAAGGAAGCAAGAUAUUCUGGCUGCGCUCUUAACCUACAAAAACCGAACUCUCUAUGAGUAAUAAGAAAGUGUGCAUGAACUCUAUGAGGGAAAAGGGCUAAUGGAAAGUUCAAAUGGAAAUGGAAUGUUUCACAGUCGGAAAUAAAUUUCAUUUUUACUUUUGCCUGUUUGGCGUUGAUUAGAAAAACCAAAUGAA